AUGAAAAUUGAAAAUUUAAGGUCAUCCUCACUUUUGCCGCCUCACCCGCACUCUAGUGUCUCGUCUCUCAGCCUUACUCUCACUCUCACUCUCACUCUCGUCCUUUUCAAGGCUCACUCUCGUCGUCUCACUCUCUUCGUCUCACGCUCGUCAUCUCGCUCUCGUCUCUCAGCCUCCUUCUCACUCUGGUCCAUUCUCAAUCUAGAUGCUCUUACUAGUGAUAGUGAUGUGCAGUUGAAAGAGCUAAGACAAUGUCAUAUUGAGUUUAAAAUGGAAAGUAAAUCAAUUUUGCAUGUGGGAGUUGGAAAGCCUUGCAAAGCAUCCAACUUCUUCUUUCCUUUCAAAUAUGUAAACAAUUGCUCUUCUUCGCAGUGUAUUCCGCCAAGACAGUUUCCACUCUCUUCUGCACUUCCAGAUACUGAAUCAGCCAGAGCAUCAAGACGACAACUUAAAGAAGCGAUUUAUAGUUCCCUGUUUGACAUGAAUGUUCCUGCUGUUUGUGCUGUCAACCAGGCGACUCUAGCUCUGUAUGCUGCAAAACGAACUUCCGGAAUAGUUGUUAAUAUAGGUUUUCAAGUCACAUCAGUAGUUCCAAUUUUAAAUGGUAAAGUAAUGCGCAAGGUCGGUGUGGAAGUUCUUGGACUAGGAGCAAUGAAACUUACUGGGUUUCUUAAGGAGAAGAUGCAACUGAACAACCUAAAUUUUCAAUCUUUGUACACUGUUCGCGCUUUGAAAGAGAAUCUAUGCUAUGUUGCUCUUGAUUAUGAAGCUGAGCUAUUAAAAGAAAACACACAAGCAUCAUUUCAAACUGCAGGAGAUGGAUGGUUUACACUUUCAAAAGAGAGGUUUCAGACAGCAGAGAUUUUGUUCAAGCCACAUCUUUCUGGAAUGCUAGUCAUGGGUUUGCACCAGGCUAUAGCUGUUUGUAUGGAGCAUUGUCAUUCUGCAGAACUAACGGGCGACAGUGAUUGGUACAAGACGGUAGUUUUAUCGGGAGGAACUGCAUGUUUGGCAGGGAUACUGUUAUGACUCAGGCUUUAAUGAAGGCAGGUCGACCAAUCUUCUUUUCGCUAUGUGAAUGGGGAGAUAUGCACCCAACUUUGUGGGGUGCUAAAGUUGGAAAUAGUUGGAGAACUACUAAUGACAUAAAUGAUUCAUGGGAAAGUAGGAUUUCAAGGGCUGACAUUAAUGAAGUUUAUGCUGAGUUUGCAAGACCUGGUGGCUGAAAUGAUUUGCUUGGUGUACAAGGUAAAAAGGUUAGAAUGGAAGGUGAUCUUGAGGUAAUUUUCUUCUGUGACCAUAGGGUAUAUUGUCAGACUUUUGUCCGUAGCGUUCAGUAUUUGGAAGUUUUUUUAUAAAUUCAUUGUUGGUUUCUGUGACCAUAGGGUAUAUUGUCAGACUUUUGUCCGUAGUGUUGAAGUU